CCUUUCCACCUGGAACCUAAGCAUAUGCAGCUGACGAACGGAGGGUUUGCACAGACUGGAGAGAGCUGGAGAGAUCUACUGGAUGAAGGACACGUACACUGCUGGUGCCAUGGACGAGCCUCUCUGGACCUCAGUGUCAGGUGGAGCCCUGCAGUAAGAUGCUCGAGUCUAUGUUUGUCUGCAGUUCCCCUCCUGUGACCUCUCACCUUUGGCUGCUCAUUCUCUCCUGCUCUCUUCAUGGUCAACCAGCCCUGUCUGACCUGGUGUUCUCCACCCAUCCAGAGGACGGUGUUGGUGUACUGGGUGCUCCCCUCACACUGUACUGUGCAGUGUAUGACUCCAGCAGCCAGGGGGAACUGUCUGUUAGAUGGGAGAGGGCCAGUGGAGAGCCAGCAGCAUUGACUCCUGGUCCUGGCAAAGGGAUCCACCAAUUGGCCAACGGAUCUCUGUUCUUCCCCCAGCUGAGAGAGGGGGACCUGGGGAGAUAUGUCUGUAGUGCAGGCAUUGGAGCCAAACACAUCAUGACUGUUGUCCAAGUGAUGGAAGCUGACCUGGAGGUAGUGUUCUUCAGUCCUCAGUCUCAGACAGUCAGUGAGGGUCGGCCAGUGUUCCUCCAGUGUGUCUCAGGGGACAGCUCCCCCCCAGCACACAUCACCUGGCUCAAAGACAACACACUCUUCACCAAAGGCGCUCAGAUUCAGGGUCAAUAUGGAGGGGGUAACCAGAGGAAGACCUCAGGCACUCUUCACCUCUCUAAUGUCUCAAUAGAGGACGAAGGGGAAUACGUCUGUGUCACACACAACACCUUACUGAACACCAGCCGGGAAAGCAAGGCAGCUACACUCACAGUACAAGGAGUCCCUACAAGGCUGCAGAUCACUCGGGGCCCUGACAACAUCACAGUUGCCAUAGAGACGGAGGCCUCCAUGCGCUGUGUUGUCCGAGGCUUACCGCCUCCCACAGUGCAAUGGUUCAAAGACAGCCAUCUCCUUGUGAACAACUCUGGCUUGAGUCUGCAGAACAAGGGACAGCUGCUUGUUUUCAAGAACGUGUCUGAGGAUGAUGAGGGUUCCUACCACUGUGAGGCCAGGAACAAGAGGGAGACAGUCAGGUCUAAGACUGCCUUUCUCCUUCCAGCAGUGAUGGGGUGGACUUUUGUCCAGCAGCCUACCAACAAGUCUGUGAGGAUGGGGGAGUCUGUUACUCUGGUUUGUAGACCCCCCUACAGCAGGCCUCCAACAACAGUGUCCUGGUUCAAAAACAACCGCCUCCUCGCUCCCAUGACACACUUCACUGUCAGGCUUAGUGGAGACCUCAUCUUCCACAGUGUCUAUGACACAGACAGUGGAGUCUACUUCUGCAGAGCAUCCAAUGUCUACCUGUACAGAUCUGUGACCUCCAGAGCUGCCAGACUGACCGUUCUGGGUAGAUACUGUAUGACAUCACACAGGAUGUAGGCUUAUUAUUGUCUAGCCAUGUGUCUGUAUAAGAGAUAUUCAGGAUGAUACCUGAUACAGCACGUUAAUAUUCAUACAAAUACACUUGCAAUCAUAAUCUAAGACACAGUUAAUUAUCUGA